CUGUCCCCCUUUGUAAUGUACAGUGCUGAGCGAACUAUUGGCGCUUUAUAAAUACUGUAUAAUAAUAAUAUAAUAAUAAUAUGAUGUCCUCCCAUUCUAACCGCACAUGCGUGGCUCCUAGAGCGUACAGCGCGGCGAUCGGCGAUGCACUGUGUCCCUCAGACACAGCAGAUCACCAAUCCAUGGAAAGAGCUGAAGAUCAGCGCCACCUGUCAGUGUCCAUAAGUGCCAGCUCUCAGUGCUCAUCCAUGCCGUCUGCCAUUGCCCAUCAGUGCCACAUUUCAGUGCCCAUCAGUGCCACGUCAAUACCACAUAUCAGUGCCCAUCUGAGCUGCCUUUCAGUGUCACCCAUCAGUGCCAGUCAGUGCCACCUAUCAAUGCCAGUCAGUGCCACCUAGCAGUGCUGCCAAUCAAUGCCACCUAUCAGUGCCAGUCAGUACCGCCUAUCAGUGUGCAUCAGUGCCCAUCAGUGCUGCCUAUCAGUGCUGCCUAACAGUGCCAGUCAGUGCCACCUAACAGUGCCAGUCAGUGCUGCCUAUCAGCGCCAGUCAGUG